AUGGCGACUGCGCUACGCAAGGCUUCGCGAUUGAAGCCGGAUAUACGACUGGCGCAAGCAGUCUCGGAGUUUGAAGCUUCCCUCAACUCUACACAGAAGGCAUCUUUCCGAAAUGAGCGUUCUACGGCAUGCAAGAACCCUCCAAGCGCGGCUGACGUGAUGCAACUCACGGCCAAAAUUGACCAUGAGGCUCGUCAGAAGCGGCUUUCAUCCCGGUGCUUUGGACCUCGCCUGACCAACUUGCUUCAGGCAGUUCAACAAUUUGCUGCCUUGGGCGAUGUUGUGAUUUGUAUUGGUUUUUCAACAUACCUUGAAAAACUUUCCCUGCUUUUCAUGGCGGCUGGUCGCGAGGCCCCUCGGCACCAGGCAAUGGCUUUAAUUUACCCGAUGUCCAAAGCCUUACAAACUUACCUCUGCGAGUACUUCAUCGUUGUGACUCACAUCUGCCAACGGGUGCAGUCCUUUACGCAAAAAUCGAUGAUGGGUCAACUAGCCGCGUCCCUGAACGAUUCAGACCUAAAGGGGUUUCAGUCAGACCUUGAACUAUGGUCAAAUUCGAUAAAACAAGAGGCGAACCUGCAGCUGAAUGAACAUUUCAAGACUGAAGCUCAUUUGAGUGCGGAAACACGAGGGAUGACAGCUCUAUGGACCAAGUCUACGACACGGCGAUUUGAUGUCGCAAAGAAGCUGAAAUGGCUAGACUCUUGCUCUACUUACGACUUCGAGACAACCUGGAAGCAAACGCAAAAGUUGGGAUUGACUUCGUUACUUUCCAGCUCGAACGACUAUCAAGAAUGGAAAAAGCAUACCACUUCAUCAUCAAUACUCUUCAGUGGUAAAAUUGGCGCUGGAAAGUCAGUCACAAUGGCUAACGUUGUGAGUGACUUGAACCGUGACAAAGAAGCCGUUGUCCUCUACUUCUUUUGCCGAUACGAUAUUCCAGAAAGCUUGAAACAUCAGACUAUUCUCGGGAGUUUGGCUAGGCAAUACCUCAACUACUUCCCCAUCCGCAGCGAAGUCUUCGCAGACGAUAUACAUACAUCGAAGUUAGGUGUCGAAGAGUUUAUUGGGUUUCUAGGACUCGGUUUGAUAGGAAGUGCUCAGAAGUACAUUAUCGUGGAUGGUUUAGAUGAUUGUGGAGCCGAGGAACGUCGAAUCGUUCUGCAACAGCUCACGAACACCCAACAGCCAUCAUCGAGAUGGCACUUGGGCAUCUCAGCUCAGCCGACAGCUGACGACUUUGUCAAGAUCCAUUUGAAACCGAACUGGAACGUCUCGCUCCCGGCCGAAAAUCCAGACAUUGAGUUUUUCAUCGAUGUGGAGAUGGAAGCGCGCCUUGACAACGGGGACUUGGCUGUUGGAGAUCCUGCUUUGAUCGCGGACAUCAAGAAAGCUCUACUGAAAGGAGCAAAUGGAAUGUUUCUUUGGGUUGCUCUUCAACUCGAUGCCAUCUGCUCAGAGGCCUCUGACUACGACAUUAAGGAAGCAAUCAAAUCACUCCCCCGCGAUCUCACAGCAACUUACACACGGAUUCUGGAAAAGUCGACAGCUCGAGACCAUGAAAGAUACCAUAAGCGCAUCUUUAAAUUUCUCGCCGCGGCGUAUAAGCCGUUGACAUCAGCUCAGAUAGGCGAGAUGGCAAGCGUAACCUUAGGAGACGAGACAUAUGAUCCCUCCAGGAGGAUCAACAAUAUCGACAAAGUUCUUGGAUUCUGCGGUAGCCUGAUCAUGGUGGAUGAAGAGGAGAAGACCGUACGGUUCGUACACCACAGUGCCAAAAGCUUCUGUCAAAUUUCUGUCGACAGAACAUCAUUGUGGCAAUUCACGAAUGAGGAAGCCCACAACGAGCUUGGUGGGACAAUUUUGACGUAUUUGAACUACGCCAUCUUCGAAACGCAACUUUCCACAAACGUUGUUCCGAUCUUUGAUGCCGGAAAGAUCUCAACUGGUAUUCUUCGUCAGACAUUUCACAAUUCAUGGAGUCCGAUACGCCUAGCAGAGAACUUCGUUAGGGCGAAGACAGCUCCAAGCCGCCAGAUUGGUCAUGUUAUUGCACAAAAUAUCAGGCAACUCAAUACAAUAGCGAGUGAUCACCCUUUUCUCCCGUAUGCAGAGGAAUUUUGGUUGCUGCAUACACGAUUUACGGUGAUACCAUCCACUCGACAUUUGUGGGAUGUUUUGGUCAACAAAUUUGAUCUACCGAGUCUUCCGACUUUACCCUUCGUGGCAACAGCCUGGGCUCAUAUAAUUGUGCCUCCAGAGCUGAAAAAUUAUCCUGGGUUAUUUUGGUCUGUUCAAAACUCUCACGUUCCGAUGUUCAACCAUGUGAUGAAAAUCUGUCACGAUAACCGCUCUCUUCGGUUCCAGUCGCUUCGCCUUAUCUCAUUCCUUAAGGUUUUCAGAGCACUUUCGACAAUUCCCAUAAUCGAGAGGUUCCAUGCUACGUCUGUCAGUCUUGGGAUCGAAUCGCACAUGGCCACGCGUCUGCUGUCUAUGUCAGAGUGCUUCAAGACUCACAAGGUUUCUGAAUGGUUAGCAUCUCAGAUCGAAAUGUCUGCUUGCGACUACGAUAAUCCAGCAGGCAGCGGGACUCUAAACGCAAACCACAUCACUAAACUCGACCUCUUUUCCCAAGUCAACAAACAACCGCGGGUAGCUGAAUUGGACGCGGUAGAUACACAGGUAGCUGUUGUGAAAGGCUUCACCUUCGGGCUACACGCCGAUACACCUCGAACAUACAAGCUCCUACCACAACAACUCGAAAGCCAGCCUUGCCGGUCUCCAAUAGUACGAGAUGGCCACACUCUACUAUCUAUGCUCCAAAGCAACCAAACACAAGAAAUGCUGCUGAGGAACAUUUAUUCCUUCAUCCAGAAGGGCCACAGCAUGAAGGGUCUCGGUAUUUUACCGGCAUACUCCGUUCUCAAGAUGCUUGCGGAGUCGCAGGAACUCAAUCGAACACUUGCAGACCAAACCAUGAUGGAAAUGAUUCAUACGCCAUCACUUGGCUUCGGAGUUCGCAUCGAGGUAUUUCGUCGUGCCUGCCUAAUGGGAAACCUCAGCUUAGCUACUUGGCCGCCAAUUCUCAACAUCAAUAGUGACCAACACAAAACGGCCACGUUGGCGCCCAAUCCCAGCAAAGCAGCACCCAGAGCCGACGAGAUAAGCAUGGCGUUGCAAACCAUAUCCAGUCAAAGAUUUGAGCUAGCUUCUCGGCUUCUAGCUAUGGGCGCAUCGCCAAACGGCUGUGACGCCUCUGGAUGCCCAGUGCUUCACCGGGCAGUGCUCUUGAGAAAUUGGCCACUCGCGACAUCACUGGUCAAUCAUGGGGCUUCGACACAGGAGCUGGAUAGGUUUUGCUUUCGGAAAGAGUUAUUCCACUUCUGCAUCAUGCAUUCUGAUCUAGACGGCGUCAAGUUCUUGGCUCGAUCGGGCUGUCUUACAACCUUGAAUGCGCUCUCCACAGGGCCCGAAUUCGCCCAGUUCACCCCGAUGGAAGUUGCAAUUUUCGAGAAAUCUGACUGGUGUCGUAAUUAUUCCAUCGGGGACUUGAUCAUCGAAGGUGCUCGAUUUGAAUUUGUGGCCGCCAGCGGUCCGUUACGUCGGAUUGAAGAAAGACUGGAAAUGCUUAUCCUCAAUCGCGGACGAGAAACCGGGCCGUACGUUGCGGAAUGCAUGCAGACUCUGGAAGGAGAACUUGACGCUGCCUCCUCAUCAUUCAAGGUCAGCAGCAAAAUCAUAUGCCUCGUGGCAAUAACUACUCGAAAGUUUGUCUUAUCAUACCUUUUCGACCUGCCCAAACAUUUCAGCAUUUGGCCAUUCGCUCUGGAGCAGUUUCAUAGUGACAUGGACCCUGUUUUAGGAUACAUGGACAAUUCUUUGUUGCUAGUGGACCGCUUCUUUAAACAGCCCCUAGCCCCUGAAUUCCAGGUGACAGAUCUGGUCUUGGCUCUGCGGGAGAUGAUGGGGGCUCUGUCGCGUCUCAAAACAGCCGACUUCGAUGACUUGCAAGAGUCCCCUGACCUUCAAAGACAAAUCGACUUGCUCCUUCCUGUAUGGAAGGUACAGAUGAGAGUCUUACAAAUCGUGAAUUUAUUGCUGAGAAGCAUCAUCGCGAUGCCUUCUAAACACAGAUCGAGGGAAACCAGUAUAAUGCCCGGCAUCAACAUUCUGUGUAACGACCUCUUGCACACAUCAAUAGCCGGUAAGCCAACUGCCUUGCCCCAAGACAAAAGCCUUACGGGAUCGAUAUUUGCGCAACAAUUUGAACAUUUUCAAAACGUCUUGGAAGAGGCUUUCUACGAGAUGGACCUACCGUUUUUCCUGCAAUGCUCUCUUAUCCUUGGGGCCAAGUUCCCGCCAAAAACCUUGGUAUAUUUUGCUUCUAGCCUCGAUGUCACUUAUUUGACUGACUCUUGGGAUUUGAGCGGUCCGAGUCCUCCUCAGAACUCCGUCACCAUACGAAAAGAGCUCCGAUCUAUGGGUUGUGAUGAUGAAACUUUGGAUACGCUUGAGAAGGUGGUGCAUGAUAUGCUCUUCAAAUAA